AUGAGUUAUAAAGUUGCUGAUGUUUCCCUCGCUAGUUGGGGUCGUAAAGAAAUUUAUAUAGCAGAAAAUGAAAUGCCUGGACUUAUGCAUUUACGUAAAAAAUAUGGACCUUCUAAACCUUUAAAGGGUGCACGUAUAGCAGGGUGUCUCCAUAUAGCAAUUUAA